GCUGCACCUAGCUCGCUUCUCGCAGCACCUGCCCGUCUGGCUUCUGCCCGGAUCGACCUUUUGCAGACGGAGCUCGGCCGUCGGGGGGGAGAUGGAGUCGCUGUCCGCCGCCAGUCAGCUGGGCACAGGGAGAGACUCUGGCUCCUCCUCCUCCUCCACCUCCUCGCCCCACUCCAAGCAGGAGCUGCAGCCCUACUCGGGCUCCAGCCCGCUCAAGCCCAACCAGGUCGGGGAGACCUCGCUGUACGGCGUGCCCAUCGUCUCGCUGGUCAUCGACGGGCAGGAGCGGCUGUGCCUGGCGCAGAUCUCCAACACGCUGCUCAAGAACUACAGCUACAAUGAGAUCCACAACCGGCGGGUGGCGCUGGGCAUCACCUGCGUGCAGUGCACCCCGGUACAGCUGGAGAUCCUGCGGCGGGCCGGCGCCAUGCCCAUCUCCUCGCGCCGCUGCGGCAUGAUCACCAAGCGCGAGGCCGAGCGGCUCUGCAAGUCCUUCCUGGGCGAGCACAAGCCGCCCAAGCUGCCCGAGAACUUCGCCUUCGACGUGGUGCACGAGUGCGCGUGGGGCUCGCGCGGCAGCUUCAUCCCGGCGCGCUACAACAGCUCGCGCGCCAAGUGCAUCAAGUGCAGCUACUGCAGCAUGUACUUCUCGCCCAACAAGUUCAUCUUCCACUCGCACCGCACGCCCGAGGCCAAGUACACGCAGCCCGACGCCGCCAACUUCAACUCCUGGCGCCGCCACCUCAAGCUCAGCGACAAGGGCGCCACCGACGACCUCAGCCACGCCUGGGAGGACGUCAAGGCCAUGUUCAACGGCGGCACCCGCAAGCGGACCUUCUCCCUGCAGGGCGGCGGCGGCGGCGGCGGCGGGGCGGGCUCGGCCGCGGCCAAGAGCUCCCUCCACCCGCCGGCCCCCUCCGCGGCCGAGCUGGCCCCCGUGCACAAGAGCCUGCGCUGCAGCGGCGCCGAGGAGCAGCCUGGGGACCGCGGCGCGCUCAGCCUGCCCGCCGGGGCGCACGGGCCGGUGGCGGCCGCGGUGCGCAGCUACCCGGUCAUCCCGGUGCCCAGCAAAGGCUUCGGGAUGCUGCAGAAGCUGCCUCCGCCCCUCUUCCCGCCCCCCUACGGCUUCCCCGCGGCGGCCUUCGGGCUCUGCCCCAAGAAGCCGGACGACUCGCUGGGAGGCGCUGGAGGGGGCGACCCGAGCAAAGCCGGAGCGCUGCCGCAGGGCAUGUUCUGGGGGCCGCCGCACCCCCACCCGCCGCAGCCUCCGCAGCAGCAGCAGCCCGGCGCCUCCUCGAAGGACAGCGGGGUCUACCCCUCCUUCCCCAUGUUCUGGCCAGCCUCUGGGAGCCUGCCCGUGCCGCCCUACCCCGCCCAAAGCCAAGCCAAAGCCGCCGCCACCGCCGUGGUGGUGGCCGCGGCGGCCGCUGCCGCUGCCGCCGCCGCCGAGCCCCUGGGCCUGCGCGGGCACGGCCACGUGGAGCUGGAGGGCUCGGAGCCGUCGGGCUCGGGCUCCGGGGGCACCGACGGCGAGCGCUGCUCCAGCGCCCUCUCCAGAGCCGCCGCCGCCGCCGCCGGGGACGAGGAGCGCUCGGGCGACGAAGGCCUGCUGGCCCCGCUGCCCAGGAAGGGCAGCUACCUCUCGGCCUUCCGCCCGGUGGUGAAGGACGCGGAGAGCAUUGCCAAGCUCUACGGGACCAGGGAGGCCUACGGAGGCCCCCGGGGCUGCCAGGGAUACCUCUCGCCUGACUUCCUCAGCGAGGGCAGCUCCAGUUACCGCUCCCUCUCGCCCGGCAACGACACGGUGGACGAGCCCGAGGUCGACGUGGAGUCCAACCGCUUCCCGGACGAGGACGAGGAGGAGGAGGAGGAAGAGGCGCCUGUCGAAGAGGCCGAGGAGUCCUCUCCUUCGCAGCCGAUGCUGCUGCCCGCCGCCACGGAAGAGCCCCUUGCCGCCCCCGGCGGAGCCCUCGCAGGGGCCGAGAAGGCCGCGGAGAAGGCCGCGGAGCCCGAAGGGAGCCCCGCGGAGAGGAGCAGCAGCAGCAGCAGCAGCAGGGCGGGCUUUGAGGUGUACCCCCAAGAGAGGGAGGAGCACCCACAGACGCUGAAAAGCAACGCUCCCUUGGAGCCCGCUGCGACUGCUUACCUCUGCACCCCUGAGAGGAACGAACCAGAUAAAGAAGGCAAUCACUCGGCAGCGGAGGAUUUGGAGAGCAAGAAAUCCUAUCAGGAGCAAAGGACCAUCCCUCAGCCCAGCCCAGCUCACGCUGACCGAGGUGAGGACCUGGUCAGUAUCGACGUCACCGGGACUCAGUUGGGAGAGAAAGACAUUGGAAACCUGGCGAGAGAUGAGUUGCAAAAACUGCUUUUGGAACAAGUGGAGCUCCGGAAGAAACUGGAACGGGAAUUCCAGAGUCUCAAAGAUAACUUUCAAGACCAGAUGAAGCGAGAGUUGGCUUACCGGGAGGAGAUGGUCCAGCAGCUGCAGAUCGUGCGGGAUACCCUGUGCAAUGAGCUGGAUCAGGAGAGGAAAGCUCGCUACGCGAUUCAACAGAAACUAAAAGAGGCACACGACGCCCUGCACCACUUCUCUUGCAAAAUGCUGACUCCCCGCCACUGCACCGGGAACUGCUCCUUCAAGCCGCCUCUGCUGCCCCAGUGAAUGGACCCCCGAGUAGCCCUCCAAGGGCCGGGCCGGAGCCAUCGGGGCGGGGCGACCACACAGGCCCAAAGCAGGCGAGAGGUCCUGGGGAGCGGAGGAGCGCCCGCCAGCCACAAGCCAUGUCCGAACCAGAAGGAGACGCGUGUAAAUAAGAGACAGGAGAAGGAGCAUCCGGAGCGAGCUGCGCCCCCCUUUCCCCGCCGUGUAAAUAGAGGAGGCUGCGCCGGAUUGCUCCGCCCAUCGAAUCGGGACCAGCAGCGGAUUCAAAGACCUCAGAGAGGGCCGAGAGCCGCUGGACGGGGUGUGGGGUGGAGGGCAAGAAAACCCCCGCGGGGGCAGCCCCGCCCGCCCGCCCCCAGGACCGUGGCCGACCUCCGGAUCUCUCCAGCCCCUGCGCCCCCUUCUCUCAGCCCUUGCUCAGCCUUGCGGGGCGGAGGGGAGACCCCCAUCUACCCGUGGCGAUGUGCAAUGGAUAGAGCCGUACUGUGAUACCCACCCACCCACCCAGACCCCCGGCCCCUGGUCCAGUCUUCGUUGAGUUUUGAAGCUGCCGGUUUUAUUUAUUCCCUUCUUUAUUGGUUCUCUUUGUUUCUCCCCCCGCCCCCGCCACUCUGACGACCAUCUCUUGUACACUGUUGAUGUAGAGCUGCACUUUAAAGAAAGAGACCGGUUAGGGAAAAGACGGUUUGCGUCUCAAAAUAUAUUUUGAAAUUCCACCGCCAUCAUCAUGGAUACAUUGAAAAAGCCCAGAUUUGAUUUGAUUUUGGUUCGGUUCUCGGAGAAAAUUCGACUCUUCUGUCAGGUGGUUCUGUUUUGUUCUUGUUCUUUAAUAAAACCCGACUUUUAAACAAACCAACGAACU